GAGGUAAACAAACUUGGACUGACAGAGAGUGAGAGGAGGGAGGAGGGUCGGCUGCUUGCGGACCGCUCGCUUCCCCCCCUCUUUUUUUAUUAACAAGAAAAACCUUUCAUUUUUUAUUCAGAUCUUUUUUUUUGUAAAAAAUAAAUUCCACCCAUUUUUAUAUCAAAAAAUUUAUUUUUGUACCUUGUAAAUACACGACCAAAUUUAAAAAAUAAACGAAAUAAUGAACGCAGUGCAAUUAAUCAACAUCCAGAGACUGAUAGAAGCGGCCGAGUUUUUAGAGAGAAGAGACCGAGAAGCAGAGCACGGAUAUGCAUCGUCGUUACCCUGCGAUGUGGAGGCGACCAGGAGGAAAAUGAAAACCAAAAAGAAUUCGAGCAAUAGAUCUACACACAAUGAAUUAGAAAAGAACCGUCGAGCACACCUUCGUCUCUGUUUGGAACAAUUGAAGGAACUUAUACCACUGGGAUCAGAGUGUACCAGGCACACUACUCUUGGUUUACUCAACAAAGCCAAAGCACAUAUUAAGAAACUUGAAGAGCUGGAUAGGAAGUCACUGUACCAGAUUGAGCACCUGGAAAGAGAGCAUCGCUUUUUAAAGAGGAGACUGGAACAGCUACAGGGUCUGCCAGAGAAUGAACGAAUGCGAAUGGAUAGUGUAGGAUCCAAUGUCUUCUCUGAUCGUUCAGACUCGGAACGAGAAGAAAUUGAAGUGGAUGUUGAGAGCACAGAAUUCUCCCAUGGAGAUGUGGACAAUAUUAGCACUUCCAGCAUCAGCGACCUUGAUGAUCACAGCAGCCUCCAAAGUGUUGGUAGUGAUGAAGGUUACUCAAGCUGCAGUAUAAAGCUCUCCUCAUCCAUUUAGAAGACCCUGAAACUACCUGCAAAUAGCCUGAGGGAUCACAAUUUGACAAGCUACUUCAGCUUUAGACUUUUGUGAGGAAAUUAAAUAGGUUAAGAACACGUGUUUGUACUGCAAUACUCAUGCACGAGGCAUUCACCUAGUACUGAGAUAAAUUACAUUGUUUUGAAAAAAGAAAUAGUGCAUAGGAUUGUGGGUACAAAGCGAUACCACUAUUCAGAUGGUUUCUUUGUGUAUUCGCAGAUAACCCAUUAGUGUCAAUUCAGUUGGAAAAUAUAAGCCUUUUUUUAAAAAAAUGCACUUUUUAAGGUGAAGGGCAUCUUGAUGUGUAGCCCAGAGUUUCAAUGUAAUUUGAACAAUGUCAGAAAGUUUGUGGCUUUCUACCCUGCACUUGGAGGUCUUCAUUUCCUUUAUAAAACCCGCAGGGACUUUACCUCUGCGGAAACCUCGCCAAUCAGAUUGUUGUAAAGUCCACUUAUUGUAUAAAAAAAAACUACCCUAGAUACUGAAGAAAUCUUUACAAAAUUGGUAAUUUAUGGCUGAUUUUAUUUAGUGUGGCAAACAAAAAAACAAUGUAUCUUGCUCCCUUUGAUUCUCCAAGUUUUAUGAAGUUAAAUCUUAGGGACAUUUCUUUUUAUUUUUUGUUUGUGCUGAUGUUGUGCCUUCUUAAGCGUGCAUUGUGUUGUCAUGAAGUUACUGUCUAUUAUCUAUUUGUCCCUGCAUGUAUUCAGAGCAAUUUAAAAAUAGUUCAAUCUUAAUCUUGUUUCCUUCACUUCCCUUCAACCUCAGUUCCAUAUUAGAAUGGCCUGAUUCCUGUAAAAUUAACCUGACCGCAACAGCCCCUUCAGCAAUUUUGAAGCCCCAUACCAAUAAAGUUAAUAAAUUAGCUUUGCAAGAAUAGAAACCUAUAUGCAUUAGUAUGUUUUAGCUUUUGGUAUAUGUGCACACUGCAGUACAGUUAAUGGUAUUUUUAUAGAGAGAAGAGAAAGAUUUUAUUGUUGCUAUGGUCAAAUCCAACGUUGGUGUUAACUACAGAAGCAUUAGCAGUAGAUUCAGGACUAUGGCAUGCAUAUAUAGAAAUGUGUGUUGUAAAUCUAAAAUUUAAAAACCACUAGGGACGAUUAGACAGGGCUUGUCUGUGUUUCAAUUUAACUUUUGCCUGCUGCUGAGCUUUAUUUUUAUUCAGUAAUAUUUCAACUUUAGUUUUAACAAUGAUCCAUUUCCAUUUGAAACAUCCUAGCUGUUAUAUUUUCUACAAGUUUUCAUUUGAUCUUGAGAUGUCCUUCCCCAGAAAGUCCAUCACUGCUCUCUUGCCUGCUGGAUAAAGUGCAUAUCAGGAAAUUGCAGUUAAAUUGCACAAUGUUGUAAUCAUUAAAAUUUGACAAAAUGUCAUAGGAAUACACCUGUGAUUUGCCAAAUAUGUGUUGUUGAUGAGUGAGGGUUAGAGCUUGAAAUAUCCAUUUCUAAACAGUAAACAGUAAAUCAACCAGGAAUCCUUCACCUCUCAAAAGUAGAGUUUUGCCUUUCAGUUGAUCAAAAAGCAUUUCCAUAUAAUCAAACAGCCCUUCAAAUUUACACUGCAACUGUGCAGUUUUUCAGGUCAAGAACUAGAUUUAGGCCAUUGCAUUAGGUGCAGCUCAAAUAAUUGGAAAAAGUAGCUUGAACAUUUCUUUUGAUACAAGAACUGCAGAUACUGUUUUAUAAAAAAACACUCGGUGCUGGAGAUAACUAAACAGUCAGGCAGCAUUUAUGGAGUACAUGGAUGGGGAUGAACGGAGAUGUUGUUACUCCAGCUUUGUCUUUUAUUGAAAGAUUGUUUGUCAUGAGCUAUAAAUCGUGAUUUCCAAGUUCAAAUUCAAAUAACAAGCUAAUUAGAUUUUUCCUGUUUCAGAUAAAUUUUAGAAUCUUAAAAGUAGUACCUUAAGUAAUUCUGGUCACAAUGAUUUGUUUGCAUUUUUUUUUAAAGGUUACAGUUUUAAUUGGAUUUGUAAGAAUAUUUACAAAAACAAAGGUGAAAUGCAUCAAAUAGUACAAAAGGCAUGUAUAGAUUUUGUGUGCUUUCCAUUGCAUUCUAAAUUAAUCAAGAAAAGCCCCGAGAAAUUUCACAUAUCAUGAAAAUGUAAAUUACCUAUUUCAUACAACUUAAAACAUUGAAAACAGGAAGAAUAUGAUUCUGGUGCUAUUCAGUGAUAACUAUUUGGGACACAAUAAUUGCAACAUUUUAAAUUGCUACAUGGCAAUGUAUAUUUACUAUACUUACCAGCCUUGUUUGGUUUAGUUACCAAGCUCAUAUGGACAAUGCACAAAUUUGGCAGCUUUGCAAUAUAUUUCAGUCUGUUCACUAUUUUUCCUGCUUUACCUCUUUUCUAAGAAGUGAGCAGAACAUGAAUGUAAAACAAGAGGCAGCUUUACUCCAGGACACUCAGCUACAAAAUCCUGUGACUGAUUGAAUGUGCUGAUUGACCAAUUCUAGAGAAACACAAAAUGUUCUCCAAACGUUUACACCAUGAGAUAUAUCCUAUAGGUAUUGCCUGAUUCUGAUGACAUUUAUGACCAAAUCCUUUUAAAAUUAUAUGCAUCUUUCACUUAACAUGGUCAUCUUGAGGUAAAUUUAGAACUAUCAUUUUAUAUUCCAAGUUGUGUGGUAACUUAAUCUUAUUAGGAGGUAAUCUGGCCAGGACUGGCAGAUUCACUUUGUAUUACUAGAAUUCUGGUUUAACAACUUUGAAUGUUGAACAUUCGGUAAUGCUGCAGUAGACCUUUAGCGUUUUGUCAAAAACCACUUCAGUACAGCAAGGUAUAUUUUAACAAUAUGUAUAUAUGAGUGUCUCAGUAGAUCACUGAACUAGAUUGAGUUACUGCACAACACUCAAACAACUGUUGCAAUGAAAUCAUGGUUAACAGGAAUUUUAUGUAACUAUACAGAAGACUGACAGGAAUACAGGGCAAUAUGGGAUUCGCUCAAAAAUGAACAGAAUUGUUCAAAAAGACCAAUGUCCAUAGUUAUAGUCAUAAAAUCUUAAUGAGAGGCACAAUAGUACCAAAAAAGCCUUGUUUUUCAACAAGCGUAAAAUAAAUACUAUUUCUGGGCAGUAUUUAGUAUUAACGCUGUUGCAGUUUGACUAUAAUGUGUAAAGAUGUGUGAUGCCUGUCCCCUUCCUUAAUGCAGUAAUAACCAGAAAAAAUAUGGCAACAUUGAUAUUUUGUAUGUUUUUAACUCCUACAAUGGAUUGAUUGGUUAAUUUUUUUUAAACAAGCUGAAAGGAAAAUUGCCAAUUGAUUAAUAGUACCGACUGCAGUUCAAUAUUUGAAUUUGAUAAUACAAUCUUCAUACUUAUCACCAAUAAUUCUUUAAAAUCAAUUUUAAUUUGGAUGGUUAAUUUGGAAUGACUUUUCCAUAUCUUAAUAUGUUACAGGAUGAUGUAUUUUGGAUAUAAAAAUGGUGUUGUAGAUUUUGCAACAACCUUGGCCUAAUAUAGACCCAUGCAAGUAAUGCAUCCAACUAAUGACCAUUUCAAAAUCUAAUGACAAAUUCAAAAUACAUAAUCCAGUUCAACUCCUAGGAAUUAAGUCAGUUCUUGCCAAGUACUAAUGCAAUUUUGUGCAUUUAAGCAUUCAAUUUGUUAUACUCUUGAUGCUACAGGUCCGUUGGUUGCUCUGUUAAUUAAUAUUAUAUUAAUGGUGUAUUUUCAGGGCAGAUACGCAUGACCUUCCCAUUUCUGUGUCAUGUAAAAGUACCAGUGUUGAUAUUUCUCUCCACCCUUUCAGGACGACACUGCACUGGUAAACGUGUCAAACUAUACUUACUGGAGAUAUCAGUAUCCAGUGGCAUUCACAGAUGACGCUUCAGUGCAAUUUCUUUGGCAUUUUCUUGCCCCUAUUAUCCUUUAGAAAAUAAAUGUUAUUUAUUUUUGCCGAGAAUUAUUGAAGCAAAAAGCUUCAUGUUUUUGUUAAAAAAUCACCCAUUUCUUCUUUGAUGUUAGAAAGCCCUGCAAUGAGAAUUUGUCUCAAAUUUAACUUAGAAUUAAACCAAACUGGAAAAAAAAACCCCAUUGAGAUCGAUACUAGUCUUAUUCAGUGUUCAAGGGUCCAAGAUUAAUUUUAAAUGUAUCUCUAAACUAAAUUAGAUACAGAGGCCCUUUCUGGAUCCCAAGGAAAGAAUACAUUCUCCCAUCCAGUGGUGUAUCAUCUGACAAUGUUAUACAGAGUAUCACCAAUGCCCAAUUACCUGCAAUAUUAGUUACUUUCACUUCCAUCGAGAAAUCUAGUUAAUUGUAAUCAUAGGAAGCUGGUAGCACAUGAUUGCUUGACAAUGCCGUCUUUCUAACACGUUACAUUUGCAAUGUCCAAAGGGUGCAAGUGACAAUUAUCAAUGCAAAAUUCAACUACCUUGUUCAAUCAAUAUAAACAAUUUUGCAUUCUCAAUUUCAAGGAAAAACAUCAGAAGAUAUUUAAAAAGACAUUGUCAAAAUCAUUUUAAAUUGGUAACCAAAGAUACACAUACGGAUUAAAAACCAUGUGAACGAUUAAAGUUAAACAAUUCUGAUCGUCAAAUUGAUCAGUUUAUCAUGAAUCUAACCUGACCAGUUUAAAUGUUGAAUUUUCACUUAGCCUGCUUACAGAUGAAAUUGAAAAGAUUUUACCAACCUAGUUUUCAUUGGUCAUUAGUUAUCUGUAAGCACGUACAUUAAGUAAAAUAGGACAUGAGGUAUUAAGUGGAAGCUGGGGAGAUAUAAAACACCCAAGUACAGCAAAUUAUUUUUUAAAUCCACAUGGCUUCAAACUCACUGCAGAAUUCUGUUAACUGACAUUUCAGUCUUUAUCUAAAAGGUGACCAGAUGAACUGCUGCCUCCUCUGAUCAAAAUGCACUUACUGUUGUCGUUGUUACUCAAAUGAGAAAAACACUUAUGCUCUUUAGUUUCCCUCAAAAGAUCAUUGUCAUUGUGACACCAUUAUUGCACCAGUUUCAACAGUUUAGCUUCAGAAGUGUAUAAACUGGUUGAAUCAAAUAAAGAACAAUCUGACAAUAAUAUUUUUAUGUAGUCUACUGCUCCAGGUGAUAUCUUGUGCUUUUCCUGCUCACAAACCACAUGAACUUAUUACUGUUAGUACAAAAACGGCAUUUCAUAAAUGUCCUUCCACCACAUCUUUAGAUCAAUCACUGUGUAACAUGGGAAUUUGACUCAAUUUUGUUAAACUUUUAUAAUAAUUGUCACACUGCCAAAUGGAUAGUAUCUUGGAACAUGCAAGAGAUGCAGAUCUAACUCGUGCUUUGUGGUUUCCACAUCUACAAUGCAGGAUUUUUCACCUUAAAGCAGUUGUAGCAUACAUUUUUGCACAAAGAUUAAUUUCAUGAUCUUGUAUAAAUUGUUUUUAUUUCAGAAAGAUGACAAAGUAUUAAAAAUAUACCUCAGGUCACGAGUCUUCAAUCCCACUAAACUACAUAAAUAUGACAAUAUUAACCUGCCAAUUUGCUAUUACUUAUGAAAUACUCUCCCAUCAAAUUAGGUUAAUAAAAUACUAUGUCCUUUAUCUUAACAAGAAAGUGUUAGGAAAUACCUGUUUUUGUAGAAUACACCCCAAAUCAACAGCACCUGCAACACAUUCUCUUCUACAGUUAGAUUAUCAGGAUAUGGUUUGACUGCUUUGUUUCUCCCUCUUGUUAACAAACGGCCAUGGUUGAAUAGAAAACGCAGCUAUAUGUCCUUAAAUUAGAAACUAAUUCAAGGCCCUCCCAAGUUGGUUGGUGAUCAGAGGAAGGGGGUUGCUCAGUUCUAGAUCUUAGCAUACGUUAGUAGCUAUAUUCAUGGAUUGUAACAGGAUUUGUUUCAAGUCACUUGAAAUGAGCAGUAUUUAAAAACUGCAAUAUUCAUUGUGAUAGAAACCAAAAUGGCACUGUUGUUAUAGUGUAGGUGCUAUUCAUAAUCAAUGUAUAUUAGUUAAUUAUUGAUUCAUUUAUAGCCUAAAUUACACACUGCAAAGCGUACAAAACAAGGCUUGUAGCAAAUCUCAGAUAGAAGGCAGCAGCAAGAAAAAAAUGGGAUAUUGUUUUAAGGCAGGCUGUUUGUUUACAGAGUGAAUACACAUGUAAAGAGUUCAUGCUGGUUGAAACAAAUAGCACACUUGUUCCCUAAGCUUACUCCAGUUUUAAAAAAUGCUUAAUUUUUGUUUGUAGAGAAACCUAUUAUGUACCUCUUGUAUAAAGCAUAAAAUAAAACUUCAUUUUGUGAAAUAA